ACCGCUGUAACGGAAGAGAUGAGGGAUAGAAGAGCAUGCUAGAGCAGAGUUUUCUCAGAACACCAUAGCUGGUGUAGAUUCCUGGUGUUUGAACUGCUACUUUCAGUUUGUCCCUUUGAAGUCACUUCCGCUUUGGGCGGAUACAAGCUAAACGUGUGGCGGGAGUUGGAGAUUCUUCAGCGAAUACACCAGGAUCAUCAUGCCCAGAGUUCAUAACAUAAAAAAGCCUCUUACAUCUCAGAUUUCUUGUUUGACAAGUGAAUCUUAUGAACAGCUGGAUUUUUUGCCUGAUAAACUAAGAGCAAAGCUACUUCCUUUUCAGAAAGAAGGCAUUGCUUUUGCCCUUCAAAGAGAUGGCAGGUGCAUGGUGGCUGAUGAAAUGGGUCUAGGAAAGACAAUCCAGGCAAUUGCCAUCGCUUACUUCUAUAAGGAGGAAUGGCCUCUUUUAAUAGUGGUCCCUUCAUCUCUGAGGUAUCCUUGGACAGAAGAAAUAGAAAAAUGGAUCCCCGAGCUAGAUCCAGAAGAAAUCAGUGUUAUUCAGAAUAAAACUGAUGUUGGGAGAAUAUCGACCAGCAAAGUGACGGUUCUGGGUUACGGUCUCUUAACGACAGAUGCAGAGACUUUGAUAGAUGCACUGAACACUCAGAACUUCAGCGUAGUGAUAGUGGAUGAAUCACACUACAUGAAGUCCAGAAACGCAACUCGCAGCAAGGUUUUAUUGCCAAUAGUACAGAAAGCCAAACGAGCCAUUCUUCUGACGGGAACUCCCGCUUUGGGAAGGCCUGAAGAGCUUUUUAUGCAGAUUGAAGCUCUCUUUCCACAAAAAUUUGGAACAUGGACUGAAUAUGCCAAAAGAUACUGUAACGCACAUGUCAGAUAUUUUGGUAAAAGGUCUCAGUGGGAUUGUAGAGGGGCGUCAAAUCUUAAUGAACUGCAUCAGUUAUUAAGUGACAUAAUGAUUAGAAGGCUAAAGACUGAUGUUUUAACCCAGCUGCCCCCUAAAAUCAGACAGCGUAUUCCUUUCGACCUUCCAUCAGCAGCAGCCAAGGAAUUGAAUGCCAGCUUUGAAGAGUGGGAAAAAUUAAUGAAAGCUCCAAAUUCCGUUGCCACCGAGACUGCUAUGGGGUUGAUUACUCGCAUGUUUAAACAGACCGCUAUUGCCAAGGCAGGUGCUGUAAAGGAUUAUAUUAAGAUGAUGCUUCAGAACGAUUCGCUUAAAUUUCUGGUUUUCGCUCACCACUUACUCAUGCUCCAGGCUUGCACAGAAGCAGUCAUAGAAAACAAGACUCGAUAUGUUAGGAUAGAUGGAAGUGUUCCGUCUUCAGAAAGAAUACAUCUGGUUAAUCAGUUUCAAAAGGAUCCUGAGACCCGUGUGGCUAUCCUAAGCAUUCAGGCUGCUGGUCAGGGUUUGACAUUUACUGCUGCCACUCACGUUGUAUUUGCUGAGUUGUACUGGGACCCUGGGCAUAUAAAGCAAGCAGAAGACCGUGCUCACCGAAUUGGACAGUGCAGUUCUGUGAAUAUUCACUACCUCAUUGCAAAUGGGACUCUGGACACCCUUAUGUGGGGAAUGUUGAAUCGCAAGGCGCAGGUUACCGGGAGCACAUUGAAUGGUAGGAAGGAGCGACUUCAGGCUGAGGAAGGGGAGAAGGAAAAAUGGGAUUUCCUGCAGUUUGCUGAAGCUUGGACUCCCAAUGAGAGUUCGGAGGAGCUCAAGGAUGAAGUUUUGUUCACUCAUUUUGAAAAAGAAAAACAGCACGAUAUCCGAUCCUUCUUUUUACCAAAACCUAAAAAAAGGAACUCCGUGACCUCCUGUGAUGACUCAAAGCUAUUCCACGAGAAAAAUACUGUAGUGCCACUAGGCCCUGGAAAAAUACCUACAAGAGAUACCACUGAUUUUGAAAACAGUUUUGAACCUGAAGCUAAAAGACAGAAGUCAGUCACCCCUGAUGACCGCGGCAGCCCCCCACAGGCGCAGCCGGCCUGGCCCCGGAAAACCACAGCUCUAGCCCAGGCCACCGCCCCGGCCCCUCCCCACGAGGACUGGCAGUGUGGUUUCUGCACCUACAUCAACAACGCAUUGCUGCCUUACUGUGAAGUGUGUGGGAAUCCUCACGGCAGCACUGAUAGCCUACAUUAUACCCUGGAUAAAAACAAAAAUGAGGAAGAUGAUUCUCAGAAAGACACGUCCAAAAACGUUUGCACUAAUUCUGACUGUGAAAAACCAGUGCUUGUACAGACAGAACCGGAACCAUUGGCUGAGAGCAAGGAGGAAAUAUCGAAAAUUGAGAGAGAUGGACUCGCGCCCCAGCCAGGUGAUGAACAGUCGAAGCAUGCAGACCCUCAGCCAGUGUACGGCACCCUCAUGUUUCGUGCAAGUAGGAACACCGACCGGAUCCACCUCUACACCAAGGAUGGGAACCGGAUGAACUGCAAUUUCAUUCCUUUGGAUAUAAAAUUAGACCUUUGGGAAGAUUUGCCAGCAAGCUUUGAGCAGAAACAAAAUCGCUCCCUGGAGCGAUGUGAACAGGAAAUGUCUUACCAGGGAGAGAACAUCUACCUAACAGGUCAUUGUUUUAGGUACAUAACUAAAGAAGACGUUGCUGCAGCCUCGAUGGACAAAGUGAAGAAUGCGGGGGGCCAUGUCCGCCUGAUCACCAAGGAGGCUGGGCCGCAGGACACUUCUACAAAGGAGUGUCUUGAAGAUGGAGCCUCUGUCCCACCUCCGACUCCCUGCCUAGCGCAAGCUGGUCUCGCUGUGAAGCCGCCUGCGUCCAGAGGCUACCUGCAAGCUGUGGAUAACGAAGGAAACCCACUUUGCCUCCGCUGUCAGCAGCCCACGGGCCAAACGAAGCAAGAGUGCAAAGCGAGCGCUUGGGACUCACGGUUUUGCUCUCUGAACUGUCAGGAGGAGUUUCGGAUUCGUUCUAACAACAGUUACCUGCGAGCCAAAGUAUUUGAAAUUGAACAUGGUGUGUGUCAGCUGUGUCAUCUGAACGCACAAGAGCUCUUUUUACGUCUGAGAGACGCUCCUAAAAGUCAGCGGAAGAGUCUUCUGGAUGCUACCUGGACCUCAAAGCUCCCUCUAGAUCAGAUUGCUGAGGACACUGGAUCAUUUGCCUAUAGGAUUUCCCACAUUCUGGAUGUGUCUCCCUGUAUUCUCAUG